GAUCCUUACUGAGUUUUCACCAAGUGGUGUUGUGGUCUCUAAUCACGUGAUUUAUACCAUGCACAUAUAUGACAUCGGAGGAGGCUACAGUGCUGUUACCGUUACUUGUCAAUUGUUACUGGUGGCUUAUAUUACAUACUUUGUUGUCAAGGAAACGAAAAAGGUCAUAACAGGUUUUCGAAUGUAUUUCUCUCAGUUUCUAAACUGGGUUGAAGUUACACAAACUUUUGCGGUCAUUGGCUUUCUUAUUUCUCACAUUAUGAAAGAAACACAGCUCUUUGCUACCACAGCAAAACUCAGAAAAAAUACUUUUCAGUUUAUCAGUUUUGAUAAAGGCGUUCUUCUGCAAGACCUGGAAACGGUAUUAAUAUCGUUGCUGAUAUUCUUGAACACUUUGAAGUUGCUCUACUUGCUCAAAUUGAAUUCUCACGUGAGGCAUUUAUUUUAUGUGAUGAAAGGAUCUGCUCGGGAACUCGCUCACUGCUCGGUUGCAUUCGCUGUCUUCAUGUUUGGAUGUAUCCAUGUAGGAUAUCUUCUGUUUGGAAGCGAACUUUACUCCUUUUCUUCGCCUUUCAACAUUCUGCAGUCUCUUCUAGUCGAAGGAGUCGUCGGUGGCAGAGUCGACUAUUUUAACGAUUGUUGCACAAUCAUUGGCCCCGUGUACGUUACGGCGAUAAAAAUGGCAGUGAAUCUCAUAUGCAGCAAUAUCUUCAUUUCGGUUCUUGUUUAUAACUAUGGCCGCAUCAGGGAACUCUCCAAAGGGAAAUUUGAUCUUGGACAUUUCAUGGUGGUGAAAGUGAAGGAACUACUGGGUUGUGUAGGCGAUCGUCCGAGAGCGAGCGAAGGCAUCUCUGGGCAUGAUCCACCGAGCACGGAGAUCGAGGAGGAUAUUCUUCCUGAGGCAGCUGAGAUAUUGGCGAGUUUGGAUCGGAUUAAUCACCUUUUAAAUGUUCAAUACGCCGACGAAUUUUGUGAAGAUCUUGAACUAUUUUCUUUGUGGUUUGAUCUUUAUAUGCAAGCCAAGAAAUCCAAGGAUUUGCAAGAAAAUCGGGUCGAUGCACAAGACAAUCAUGAGGCUGUUGUAGAAGAAGAUUGGGUGGAUGCACAAGAUUAAAAUAUGAUCUCCUUCUGCAGGAUGGGCUAUUGAUAAAUGACUUGCCUAAAAAGACUGAUCAUCGAAAACUACUGACUCGAUUUAGUUUGACUUUGAACGCUUUCAGAGGUAAAAAGAAAAACUGUACGUAUGAAGGAGGCAUCAUUGUCUCGUUAACUUUGGAGCAAUUUUAGUCAUUUUCCUCCUAAGACAUUCAUAAAGGACUGCUUUAAAUUGUACGCAGUUAUUAGAUUUUACUUCGCCAUUUCGUUAAUGGCUUCUUUAGCAGCUCAAGGCUUUUACUGUAGUUCAAUAUUUGCUUUUGCGAGAACUUCAAUUAUAACUUUUUUGGACCUUCACCAAUCACACCUACCAGGCCUUAGAAACUUACACGGCUUAGGUGAUUAACAUUUAGUCAGUUGAUUCUUUAAUUUACUUAUAGCAUUCUCAAGUCAUUUUGAUGUGGUUAUUCUUUUCAACGUUCU